AGCCAUGUGCCCGUCAGCUCAGUGCCAUCGCGUUCAUAGCCACACGGCGGCGCCCUCUUCCCCUCCUCGCGUUUUUUCCCUCCCGUAAAGUGUUUCCUUGUUCUCCAGGCCUUAGGAGGAGAACAUACUGAAUAUAUAUAAGGAUUUUAUCCCUCACCAUAUAAAAACAUUUGUAAAGGCCCAUACAGUAGGGCACCAGAAGAUCUCAGGAACCCCGUUGAUGGGCACAGACGUGUCCUGCACUUCGUCUUGCCGCACCUCUUAUCGGUGAAACAACAAUGAUUGCCACGCGUUCCCCGGCCACCAUUACCCACGCCCUGUGCGUGGGUGGCGAACACGAGGCCUCCAGUCACCCCGAACAAGCUCAGGAACUUGAUUACGCUGCCGACCCGUACUCUCCCCCUCCGGCUCACUCUCAGCUGAUUCUGCCCCUGCCCCCCCGCCCCCAACUCGUCCCCAUUGAUCACCUCCGCGACGCUGCAGGGGGACACAGCCCCCCGAGGACUGUGAUUCAUAACACGGGCAAGGUGACUCCAGCCCGCCCAGUGCCCAUACUGCUGCGGACAGUCAAGAUGAAGAACUCGGAUCAGUUUUAUGACUUCAAGUCCGUCUGGCUGGACACUCACCGAAUCCUCAACAACGCAAGUAAGUGCACGGCCUACCCCUUCCCCCUCCCUCCGCCGUGGCCUUCACUACUGCCGGACUUGCCCGCUCCGGUACCCCCGCUGACCCCCGGCACCACCAAGAAGAUGACCGACGCCCUGCGGUUGUCCUUUGCCUCGUGGGAGAAGGAGCGGGAAAAGCACAACAUCACCAAAGAUCCCAAGCAGUGGUCGGAAGAUCACGUGCGACAGUGGCUAAUGUGGGCCAUCAAGGACUUCAGUCUCGAGGGAGUGUCGGUGCACGAGUUCCAGAUGAAGGGACGGGACCUGGUGGGGAUGGGCCGCGACUCCUUCCUCAACCGCACGCCGCCCUUCAUGGGUGACAUUCUCUGGCAGCACCUCGAGUUCCUUCAGAAAGAUGUGGAGGAAGAGUCUGCGAAUCUGGCCCACGUGCCCUCCACCUUUCACGAGUGCUUGCCGGACUUCAACGAGUUCCUUGAAGGGUACGGCGGCCCCAUGCCCGAGCACCGCCUCAACCCAGUACUCACGCCGAGCUCUUCAUCCUCCUCGACGCACGCCCCACCGCCACCCUCCUGCGUGCCAUCGGCCUCCCUUCCUUCGCAGGCAGCCGUCCCCUCCACAGCUUCGUCUUCCUCCUCUUCAGCCACCACCACCUCGCCAUCCAACACGUCCUCCACCACGCCUCACCCGCCGCCUACACAAUCCCUACACUACCUUGACGACAACAGAAGAAGGGCAUGGAGCAGAAACGGUGGCUAUCCCAGCGCAGAGAGUAUGGGUGCAGUGAGCGAGCCUCCAUCAGAAGGGUCCCCAGGAGGAUUUGUUCCCCCUCCUUAUGGCGAGGCUGAGCCUGAACCUUACCACACCUUGCCUGACUCGCACCACCCUGCUGUCCAUUACCUCGACCCCUCCGCUCAUGACUUCUAUGGCCUGCAUGACAAGUACCGACUAUCGUACUUUAAAUACCCGCAGCCAACUCCCACUCACAGAUACCCACACGAGUACAGUGAUGGCUACUCCACGCCACAUUACGACCCACCAUUCCAAACUGUCCCACAAGCUCUGCCAGAACCAUGGGCAACAGGUGCUCAAGGCCAUGACCUAGCACAAAUCAGCAAUGGUGUUGGAGCCCCAAACCUGUCUCAUUACUUGCCUCAGCGCGCAGAUGUAGCCACUCCAGACACCAAGCCUCCCCCUGGCCUCUUAGGUCCAAAUCCUGCACCCAUCGCCUACCAGACUGGUACAAGCGGCCCUUGCUUCACUGGCUCAGGUCCUAUUCAGUUGUGGCAAUUCUUAUUAGAGUUGCUUACAGACAAAAAACAACAGCAACACAUCUCAUGGACGGGUGACGGAUGGGAAUUCAAAUUGACAGAUCCCGAUGAGGUGGCGCGACUCUGGGGUCUUAGAAAGAACAAGCCCAAAAUGAACUACGAGAAGCUUUCACGGGGCCUCCGCUACUAUUACGACAAGAAUAUCAUCCACAAGACAGCCGGCAAGCGAUACGUAUACCGCUUCGUUUGUGACCUUCAGUCCCUCCUUGGGUACUCUCCUGAGGAGCUCCAUGCUAUGGUUGAUCUCAAGCCAGAAAAGAAGGACGAUGACUGAGCCCCAGAAUGAGUUAUCACCGCCUUUCCCCGUUGUGCCGGCCACGCGGGCUGCCGGACUCCGGGGUGUCUAGGCUCGCCUGCUCGCCAGCAGUCGCCAAUGUCUCUUUGUGGUACCUGACGCCCACCGAUCCACAAAGGAAGAUGUGUCCGUAACAGUUUUGCCUUUGUAUGGCAUAUAUGUAACAGCAAAAUGUAUGCUGGUAUUUACAAAUCAGACUUUGUUAAAUAGGUGUUUCCAUUUUUUGGUCAGUGCUUCACUGCGGAAGUGGAAUAAUUUUUUAUAGUUUUAUUUUUGUAAAUACGGUAUUUAGAAUAGACUGUAUGAAUGCAUAGUGAAAGUUGAGGUGGUGGUGGUAACGGGGUUGACUCUGCCUCGAUGCCACUUUUACGCAGCAGAAGUCUUGUAAACAGCCAAUUGUACCUGUACUUGUUCUCUGCACAAGACCCAUCUGUAUAACUAAACGUAAUGUUACCUAUGAAGUACGAAGUAAGUGAUUUAUGAAAAAAACUGGAGUGCUUUCAAAAGUAAAAGUGCUAUGAAUGCGUGUCAAACCUAAAAUUCCUACCGGCUGCAGCAGCCAGUUUCUAAUUAUUUCUGUAUAGUGACCUGUUACAACUCUUACUCUACUGUCCCACUUUAGGAAGCUCUCCAAAAAAGGAGGUCUAGAAGGAAGCCAGCUGGAGGAAGCAUCAGCUAAGGUUUCAUUAAAGGCAGACUCCACGCCUGCUUCCGGGAAACAGCCCUCCACGGUGACAGCGUCUCAUUGUGCCUUUUGAACCACUAUCAAAGGUAUAGCCGCCUGACACCCUCCCCUUUGCCCUAUCAAAUCCGUACCUGCAUCUUGCAAACCUGCCACUCACCGGGUUUUAGAAGGUGUGAUGACUUUAUUUCAAAUUCAUGACUUCAGGUCACAAAUGACUGACUGUGAUGUUGAAGGUAACAUGUUACAUUAAAGUCUAUAUCUCAAAUCGUUUCCUUUUUUUUUUUCCAAGGCAUGUUGUAGUACCUUACACUGCUUGUGACUAGAGGAAUUGGUUUUCCAUUGUUAUUUGUGAUAGCUUGUUGAGCAUAUAUGAUCGUUGGAGUUUAUAUCUGAAAUAUGACAAUUAAAUUGCAUUUAUUCCUCCAUGAACAUCAUGCAGUGAGCUCAUGGUGACUGACUAACACUAGCCUCCAUGUGUAUGGCAUUCUCACCUGCCCAUGAGCCUGAAGGCACAUAACUUACUCCAUUCAUUGGCCAAGAUUUUUUUUUUUUUUUUGUGGACAAGACAUUUGUUCCAUUUGUAUCAAAAGUUCACACUGUAAAUGUAAAACAGUAAUACUGUGUAAGUUUUGUCUUCCCUUAAAUAUUAAAUCAAAUCUUCUGUCUUCCUGGAUGCACAGACUUCUCUAUUUUGAAAUGUAUUACUUCCUCUGCUAGACAUCUGGGACUUGUAUAUUUCUCGUGGAGGGUUAGCUUUGCCCAGCCAAUCAUAAUGAGUUGACUUGCAGUCAUCCCGGGAUACGUGAGCUGCACUGUCCCUCGUGUCCUUCCUGUCAAACUGAAGCCGUCCCACCUGCCUCAGAAAACUGUGCCAAGUCCAC